AUGACAAGCUGGCUCAGGCGUGGCCAGCAUGCUACCCAAUCAGCUGCCGCAUCAAGAGUACCUGGGUCGGCUCUCACUCCUUCAACCAAUAAUGCAGGGCGUCCUCGAGAUCCCAACGCACCAGAUAUACGGCUGGAUGUUGAAUCGAGAUGUAUUUACGAACGUCGAUUGCCAGGAAACGCGUAUAUAACAGCUCAUGUAACGCGUCUUCAGGACGGGUUUUAUGACAGUGAAUACACGCAUGGAGACUGUAUCAAUAAUGUACGUUUCUUGGCGGUCAACUUCGUCUUUCACCCCGAAGAGACCCUCAACCGCUUUCAAGCCGCUACGGUGACUAUUUCUUUACACGAUGAUACAAAUAAUUAUUACUCGGAUCCUCCCAAAGUCCGAGCACAGAGGUUAUCAGCGCAUCGCUCGCUCAGACCUAGGCUCAAACCGCGGAUAUUGCGUUUCGCCCCUCAUGUUUUGUACGGUGGUGUCAGCCCGGAGACAUUGGAUUGGAAUUUCAACCUUACAGGAAGUCUCGGUGUGUCGCAAACCCCCGUCGCUGCGUCGUUGUCGCCUAGUGGUGGCAUCAAGAGCAGCUACAAGGUGUACCAGAUGAUGCGUAUUCAAGGCUCUAGUCGUACUGCUCGUCCACGCUUUCUUGGUCGGCCUGGGGAUGAGUUGGAGGAUGGUGAAGUGGUUUGGACGAUGGAGGAGAAUCCAUUACAGAAAUCUGGUCUUCCUAGGGAGAUGACCUUCGUCAUGCUCAUCACGAAAGGCGACGUUGAGAACGUUGUUUUUGAUAUCAAGAUUGAGCCCAAGAUUGCGGCUUGGUACGGACAUUACCCUGGUUGGUGGUGUAACCUGCUGAAACAUCAACCACUCGAGAAGGAGCCUAUCAACCUGGAUGAGGAUCUAGGACAGCGUUUCAAGCCUGUUGUACCCGGUCGAGGCUUCAACUUUGCUAAUCUUGCAGGCAGUUUCAAUGACUUCGUAUCGUUGCCAGGUACAACAUAUUCCCUGACAGACCAAGGUGUCAAGGAUCAAGUCUCUCAAGACCACACUGCUGCUGCCAACAAUGAGAACCCCGACACCAGCUUCGCCGUCUAUUCGAAUAGACGACCAGGAAAGGAGCAAAAGUUACCGAGCAGGCAGAAUACAGCUUCAGCACAACAAGUUCCACCACCGAGAGCACAAUCGGUACCUCCUCAGCAGCCCUUCAAUUCAUCGACAGUGUCUCAGGAAGAGCCAAUGGACUACCACAUUUACCUUCACAAUCCGAGAAGCAUCAACUUGCAUGCGACACCACCACCUCCCUCAUCGUCUGCACCACCUCAACUUCCACCGAUCUCUAAUUUAUUGCACGUUUCCGACCCGAUCGUGCGGCCACAAACCACAGUUCCAGUAAGGACAAUAAGCCCGGCAAAUACGAAAAUGAAAAGGAGGAGCAUUGAUAUCACUUACAAAAGUAGUGCUAAGCCACCAAAUCGUUCCGAAGCCGGACUUGGGAUACGAAGUACAAUUGGUGAACCACGAAGAGCUGAGUUGAGAAGUACUAGUGGCGGGUCUGGACGUUCACUUCGACGAUCACGUUCACGUACGGAUUUGAGAUCUAGCCCGCUUGUUGAAGACGUCCAUAGCAGCGAAGACUCUCAGACCUCAACACCACGAGCUCGAUCUCGACGUCCGCGCUCACAGUCAAGCCCGCAACGGGACAAGGAGAACGUAUCUACACAUGUACCCACAGUUCAUUCGCCACUAUCGUCUGAAGCCCUGGUCGAAAGUGACGAUGCAACAAUACCAAUGGAAGCACCUUCACCUCCGGAUGGUGCAUCGGCGAUGCUCUCUCCGCCCUUACCCUCAUUUGCACAACAUUCAGUAUCUAAAUCGACCCGCGAACGCCUUCCCUUCGAAUUAAGGCGCAACCAUAGUGAUCGCGACCGCGUCGAGCGUACACCAAGAUCACGCGAUAGUCCUAGUCCACUCAGAAAAAGGAGAGAAAUAACGCCCAGUCCUGGACAGACGAACGAGAACAGUCCAGAAAGUCAGACAGACAGGCCCGCUACUACCCCAGUCAACGCUACCGCCAGCAGCGAAGACGAAGACGAAGACGAAGACGACAUCAUCGACAUGCGAACCCCCAACGACACAACACCAAUCCCCAUCCGCCUCACAAGUCCUAGACGUGAGCCGAACACCGCACUAGCCUCUCAUCCUCCACGAUCAUCUACCAAGAGCGACCUCGCCAUCCCCGGUUCUGAACCAACCAGUCCCAACAAUAGCAACAGCAUCAGUACCCGCCGCGAGCGCACAGCCCUUCGAGACAUCUCCCCCUACGCCUACGCACAAAUGAACGGCAAGCUUCUGGACGAAGACUGGGACGAAGCGAAAGGUGAUUUGAAGAAGAUGAGGCAGAGGAAGAGGCUUAGUAUGCCUGUUGUGCCGACUAGUGCUUACUAUACUUAUGUUGAGCCGGAGCCGGAGGUGGAGGUGAGGGUUGCGGCUGACAAGGAUGCGGAUAAGGAUUGGGAUGAGCGGUAG